UGGAGACAAGAAGCCUUCAUGAACAAAAUGAAUCCCUCCAACCUGGAACUGCUUCACCUGCAUCGAGAAUUUACCAAAUCUUUAGUGGAGGGCAUGCAGCAACUAAUUCAGUUUUACAACUGACAGUAUGAAGAAUGCAGUUGACCGGGUAUCUUUGUAGCUGUAUGACCUACGAGCAGCAGGAUGCAUCCCUAAAAUGUAUUCUUAAGACAUAAAGGAAUUAAAAACAAAACAUGGAACACACUUGCAUUACCAUUUACGUGCAUGACACUUCAGCAAUAUACAUGGAAGACUAACACAUCUGCUCAAAUUUUCAUUAAAAGAAGAGUGCAAUGAUUGAUUCUUAAAAUGGUGAGCAUUUCUUAAAGAGGGAUUUAUAAUUUAAAACCAGAAUUGUGGAAACUACUGAUGCAUGAAGAGACAAUGAAACAUGAAAUCCCAAAAGGAGAAUAUGCAUACUUCACCAGCAAGCUGAAUAAAGGUUUAACCAAGCUUUUUCUAUACUACUCAUUAAAUAACUUACUUGUCGUAAUGACUAAUGGAUAUUUUUCUCUCAAUUUUACAAUGUUAUGUAUUCUCCUUAAAUCAAAAUAAACCAAAUUAGGUAACCCAUGGUUACUCGCAAAGCACACGAACCGGAUUUUAUGAUGUAUAGCAACUUCUUUCACUAAGCCAUCACUCAAAAGUAAUGAGCAGGAAUAUUACAGAAAGAAAUACGCAACUAUAAACUAAGGAUGUCUACACACACUCUGAAAAUAGAGAUCAGAAAUUAUUUUUCUUUAAACCUGGAAAAUAAAAACAGGCUCCUACAAAAUGCAACAGAGGAAGGAAAUUAACAUCACUUAAAAGAAGGUUUAUUUGUUAUUGCUGCCUUGAAACUCAGAACAGACAUACAGAAUAUGCCCUGGUCUGUAGAAGUGUCUGAGGCAAUUAAGAAGUCCCGGUGUUUAAUCAGAACUUUUUGCUGCUGAACUGCAGGAACAAAAAAAAGGAAAACAAAAAAACCUGGAAGAAAUGAAAUAAGAGCUCAGCUACCACUUGAUUUCCAGGUUACAGUGCGAGUCAAAAAUCUCUCAGUGGCAGCAUGUGUCAGUGUGUGCCGAGCGGCCGCCGCGCUGUGCCAGGCCCCUGAGGCACACAGAACAGGAGAAAAGCCAGCUGCAACAAAAGAAUGUGUUUGUCCCCCAUUCUGGAAGUCAACAUGCAGUCCGAAUCUAACAUUACAGUUCGAGAUGCCAUUGAUGACAUCGACACCAACAUGUACCAACCACUGUCAUAUCCAUUAAGCUUUCAAGUUUCUCUCACUGGAUUUUUGAUGUUAGAAAUUGUUUUGGGACUUGGCAGCAACCUCACCGUGCUGGUACUUUACUGUAUGAAAUCCAACUUAAUCAAUUCUGUCAGUAACAUAAUUACAAUGAACCUUCAUGUACUUGAUGUAAUAAUUUGUGUGGGAUGUAUUCCUCUAACUAUAGUUAUCCUUCUGCUUUCACUGGAGAGUAACACUGCUCUCAUCUGCUGCUUCCAUGAGGCUUGUGUCUCUUUUGCAAGCGUUUCAACUGCAAUCAACGUCUUCGCUAUCACCCUGGACCGAUACGACAUCUCCGUAAAGCCUGCUAAUCGGAUCCUGACCAUGGGAAGGGCUGUGAUAUUAAUGACAUCAAUAUGGAUCAUUUCACUUUUUUCCUUCCUGAUUCCUUUCAUUGAAGUCAACUUUUUCAGUCUUCAAAGUGCAAGUACUUGGGAAAAUAAGACACUUCUGUGUGUGAGUACAAACGAAUACCACACUGAACUAGGAAUGUACUACCACAUUCUUGUUCAGAUUCCAAUAUUUUUCUUCACUGUUAUAGUAAUGCUAAUUACAUACACCAAAAUACUCCAGGCCCUAAAUAUUCGGAUUGGUACAAGAUUUACAACAGGACAAAAGAAGAAAAACAGAAAGAAAAAAACCAUUUCUUUGACCACUCAGCAUGAGACUACAGAUGUGUCCCACAGCAGUGGAGGAAAAAACGUCGUGUUUGGUGUAAGGACUUCUGUGUCUGUCAUAAUUGCCCUACGCCGAGCUGUCAAACGGCACCGGGAGCGACGAGAACGGCAAAAGAGAGUCUUCAGAAUGUCCCUUCUGAUUAUCUCAACAUUCCUUCUCUGCUGGACACCCAUCUCAGUUUUAAACACCACUAUCUUAUGUUUGGGCCCAAGUGACCUUUUGGUAAAGUUGAGAUUAUGUUUUCUAGUAAUGGCAUAUGGAACAACUAUAUUUCACCCUCUACUUUACGCAUUCACGAGGCAAAAGUUUCAGAAAGUUCUGAAAAGUAAGAUGAAAAAGCGAGUUGUUUCAAUAGUGGAAGCAGAUCCCAUGCCAAAUAACGCUGUAAUACACAACUCAUGGAUAGAGCCUAAAAGGAACAAAAAGAUUACCUUUGAAGACAGCGAAGUAAGGCAGAAAUGUUUAGUACCUCAGGUUGUCACAGACUAGAUUUCAGUAUUCACCAAAACACAUCAAACGGAAUAUUUGAAUAAAUUGUAAAAAAAUACUGCCAAAUAAGAAAAACUUUUUUAACUAUUGGCGAGACUGUAUAUUUUCAAUAUAUA